GCUGCUGCUGCUCUUCUGUUGAAGAUUUUCUCUUUCUAUCCCCUACAAAACAAAGCAAACAACCGCGCACCACACUAACUCAAAACCCGCAUCACUAUUCCCCUCCACACUCUAUCACCUCACCUCACCUCAUCCCACACUACACAGUACACACAGUGAACACGAAAUUCCCAGCAUAAAAAAUGCAUUAUGUUUCGGAUAAGAAUUCUUUCACUGUUAUGGUGAGUUCGUCAAUGGCUUAUUCUCACAACCUGCGCUGCUAGCUGCUUUUCAUAAAACGACUCUCCUUUUCAUUUACCCCUUUUCGUUAGAUAAAUGUUAUUGCAUGGCUGCUUUUGGCAUAGGCGAUGAUGUUUCUUUCUCUUGAGGUGGGCCUUUGUUGCUUUCUCUCCAAGGAUUGUGUUUAUAGUCCAUAGAUAGAUAUGUUUUGUGAGCAUUGUGUUGGGCGAGAGCGAAAAUGGAGAAUUUUAUCUUAAAAAUGAAGUCUUUUUCUUGUUUUGAUUUUGUAGUGUGUAUGUUGUUGUCUUGAAACUUUGAAUCUUUUUCUCUUAUUGAAUUGAAACCGUUUCAAUCUCGAUUUCGUGUUAUUUGGGGAAUACAAAUUUGUAAAUAGCACAUUUUAAUUAUUUUUGCCACGAUUCAAGAACUGUGGGAUUGAGCUUUCUCUUGCAUUGCAUAAUAGAGCUAUUGGGCUCAUUUAAGUUGCAUUGAUAGAGGUCUUCCAGUGCUGAGUUUAAGCAUUGUCGAAAUCGAACAGAGCAUCCAAGCCGGAGUUCCAUGUUUUACUUGAUGAAGGCAUAAUUUGAUACCGAUUUUGGAAGUGUUGUAUUUGGCAUUUUUGGAGUGCCUUAGAUUGAAACAAAUUAUUAAGUUAGCGUACAUGGAUCAAAGGGAAGCUAUGGCGCUGCAAGGUUCGGCUUCCUAUUAUCUUCAUCAAGGAAAUGCCGAGUCUGUCAUGGGACUACAGGGAUCCCCCGGCAUGAAUUCGUUGACUAAUCCUGGUUUGCAGUACCAAACCAACACAGGGAGGAAUAUGAUGGGAUCAUCGUUGCCUUUAGAUACUUCAUCGACAAUGUCACCUCACGGGAUGAGUGUUGGCCCGCCUCCUGCGCUUGGUGCAGGUCCGCCUCCUGCUAUGAUGCAAGGGGAGCCUGUUCGUAGGAAAAGGGGAAGGCCACGGAAAUAUGGGCGUGAUAGUGCUGUUUCACUGGCAUUGUCGCCCUCCACUUCUAAUCCUGUGCCAUUUGUGAGACCAACUCAGAAGCGGAGAGGACGACCACCAGGGACGGGGAGAAAGCAUCAACAAAUCCCCCUUGGCGGAUCUAUCUUUACCGUUCCUGGAAAACUGGUCCCACAUAUCAUCAAUGUUGCUGUUGGAGAAGAUAUUAAAAGAAAGGUACUGUCGUUUGCACAGGGGCGGCAGAGCACUGUCAUUUUAUCAGGAAAUGGUACAAUAUCAGCUGUAAAUAUUAGAAUAUCAAGUUCUGGUGGGAGCGUCACAUACGAGGGACGCUUUGAUAUUUUGAGUUUAACUGGUUCGUAUGCACAAAAUGAUGUGAAUGCGCCUCAUGGCCCAGUCGGCUGUCUAAAUGUUACUCUGUCUGGUCCUGAUGGGCGUGUCAUAGGUGGUGGAGUCGAGAGUGUCAUGGUUGCCUGCAGCCCUGUUCAGGUUGUCGUGGCAAGCCUGCUACCACGCCCUUCAAAGAUGAAAAACGUUGCUGGGGGAACUUCAGCAGAUUCUGAAGAUCGUACAGUUGGGAAUCUCGUCAUUCCAGCCAAUGCUUAGCCUAGCUCAGAAUCUUAGCUCAGUUUGGUAGGGAUAGAUAGCAAUCCCAUUUCUUAUAUUUUGUUCAAGUUAUCGACUUCAACAUCCAGCGACAUCUGGGUGAAACCGUUUUAUUGAUUAGUCUUUAGCAGAGCAUCUGACUCUAACCAUGUUGCUACUUUACCUGACAUAGGUUGCACUAGUUCAGAUCUUUGUUAAUGAUUCAGUUCUUCACUUUAUACA